GGCAGAAAAUAUGAUAAUCUUGCAAAAAAUUAUGGAGACUAUCUAAAGAAAUUGCAAGCUGAAAAGAAUCUGAAUGAUUAUAUUAAGACAAUUGCAGUUAAGAUGUUUUCUAAUGAAGAGGCAUAUACUCUAAGGCUAGAAAAUUAUCGCAAAAGAUAUGCAGAUAAUGAUCU